AUGCAACGGGUUGACGAAUCGCAAUAUCUUCAUCAGGGAAAUUCAGCGAUCAGCCUUGCCACGCUUUGCAUUCCACCGUACGUGCGCAUCACAGCCGUGGCGCUCGCAGCCGCUUCGUGCUCAUUGCUGCUCGCCUUGAGUUCAGCCAUGGCUGCUGCUGAAAAUGACGCGCUGUUGGACAUUCAGACGCUAAGACCGCGAGUGCAAGAGCAAAUCAACGAGUCGUACGUCAAGAGGGAUGGCCAAGAUUUGUCAGUGUCUGAUCUGCAAGGCGCGACCUUCAUGGAAGCUUCCCUUCGUGGCACCGACCUGCAUGGUUCUGACCUUCGAGGGGCCAUGUUCACUAAGGCGGUCUUGUACAAGGCGAACUUAUCAGGAGCUGAUCUAUCAGAUGCCCUGAUUGACAGAGCAGUACUGAAUGAUGCAGAUCUUCGCAACGCUGUACUGCGAGGGGCGUGGCUGGCUCUCACUGACCUAGGAGGAGCUGAUAUCACUGGGGCUGACUUCACUGAUGCCAUCAUUGACAAGUAUCAAGUAAUGCGGAGGGAGAUAAAGAUCCUGCGGCUUUUCACGCGUCCGCACAUUAUCCGGCUAUACGAGGUUAUUGAGACGCCCUUCGGCCGCAAUUCCCCUCUCACUCAUCUCCUCCCCUUUCACCCCCGCAUUCCUGCACCCCCCUCCCCGCUCCCCCCCCACCUCUUGGCAGUGCGGAGGGAGAUCAAGAUCCUGCGGCUGUUCAUGCAUCCGCACAUCAUCAGGCUGUACGAGGUCAUCGAGACACCCGCGGACAUAUUCGUGGUGAUGGAGUACGUCAAGGCGGGCGAGCUCUUUGAUUACAUCGUCGAGAAAGGGCGGCUACUUGAAGAUGAAGCCAGACGUUUUUUCCAGCAGGUGUGUGUUACGCUCAGAAUGGCGUUAAGGUGGGCGAUUCAUGGUCACUGCAUGGGAGGCCAUGAGCGGAGCAGAGCAGUACAGCUGCGCCGUCCUGGUCUUCUCAGUGAAACCGCUGCAUUGACACCUUCUGGGCAGCCUGUGUCCCUUCCCUCCCCACCUCCUUUUCGCCUCUUUCUCCCUUUCUCCCAGCCCCCCGCCCCCUCCCCUUCUCCUCCCUCUAUUGUGAGCGGCAUCGAGUACUGCCAUCGCAACAUGGUGGUGCACCGGGACUUAAAGCCCGAGAACCUGCUGCUGGACGCCAAGGGCAACGUCAAGAUCGCCGACUUUGGGCUCAGCAACGUCAUGCGCGACGGCCACUUCCUCAAGACGUCCUGUGGCAGCCCCAACUACGCUGCCCCUGAGGUGAUAUCAGGGCGGCUGUACGGAGGUCCCGAGGUGGACGUGUGGAGUUGCGGGGUGAUUCUGUACGCGCUGCUGUGUGGCAGCCUUCCAUUCGAUGAUGAAAACAUUCCCAACCUCUUUAAGAAGAUCAAGGGAGGCAUCUACGCUCUCCCCCACCAUCUCUCAGCGGGUGCGCGCGACCUGAUACCGCGAAUGCUCCUGGUGGACCCAAUGAAGCGCAUCACCAUCCCCGAGAUCCGCCACCACCCCUGGUUCCUCGCCAAGCUCCCCCGCUACCUCGCUGUUCCGCCACCCAACGCCGCCGAGCAGGCCAAGCGGAUCGACGAGGAGAUAUUUCAGGUGGUGACCAAGAUGGGGUUCGAUCAAGAACACCUGGCGGAGUCCCUACGGGAGCGGCGCACCAACAAGGCCACAGUCGCCUACUACCUGCUUCUCGACUCGCACCGCCGCAUCUCCACGGGCUAUCUGGGCGCGGAGUUCAACGAGCACAAGGAGGGGCAGCAGCAGCACGCCUCACACGCGCUUGCGGCCGAUGGGUCCCCGCUGGUGGCGGCGAGGGGCGGGCUGGGGCAUGCGCUGGUGGCGAGGCGGAGUGUUGGGAGCGGGGGAGGCGGGGGUAGUGGAGGGCUGGGCAUGGGGGUGCCGGGGUCCCCGGCGCAUAAUCACCAGCGGGUUGUGGCGGACAGGAAGUGGGCACUGGGUCUGCAGGUGAAGGUCUCCUCCCCCUCCCUCACCCCUCUCCCCUCCUCCAUCACCUUUUUCUGUUCACCCUCUUCCCUCACCAUCCUCCCCUUCCUCCUCCUCCAUCGCCGCUCACUCUCCCCAAUUCCCUCUUCAUCCUCCCUCCCCUCCGUUCUCUCCCCUUCCCCCACACCCAAUGGAGGCCUGAUUCCCCCCACUCCAUCCCCCCCUCCUUUCCUUCAUCAUCAGUCCCGCGCGCACCCAAUGGAGGUGAUGGGGGAGGUGUUCCGCGCACUGCAAGCGCUGCAGGUGCGGUGGAAGAAGCUCUCCCCCUACGUCGUCAAGUGCCGCUGGGACGGCCCCCUCCCCUUCCCCCCCACCUCCUCCUCCUCCGGUGCUGCCUCUAGCACAGCCUCCUGGGUGCAUGGGCAUGGGCGUGGGGGUGGGUAUGGUGGGGGCGGUGGGGAUGCGGAUGGGAUGCUGGUGGAUGGCGGGAGGCUGGAUGGUGUAAGGACGAUACAGGACGAGAGAGGCCGCCCGGUGAUUCCUGUGGAGGCGCUGGUGGGCGGCGGGGUUCGGCGUUUACUGCGGUUUGAGAUGCAGCUGUUCAAGGUGCGCGAUGAGAAGUAUCUCCUGGAUGUGCAGCACGUGGACGGCUCCCACAUGCUCUUCCUCGACCUCAGUGCCGACUUCCUCGCCGAGCUGCAUGUCAUAUGA